AUGGCUUCAUACUUGAUCACAGGAGCAUCUCGUGGGCUUGGUCUGGCCUUGGUUUCCCGAUUGGUUGCUUUACCCACCACCAAAGUGGGCAAGAUCAUUGCUACUGCGCGGUCCGAUAACUCGCCCAAGCUGAAGGAGAUUGUCGCUGCCUCGCCAGACCGAGUCGAGUGGAUCAAGUUAGAUGUAACUGACCAGAAAAAUGUCCUAGAAGCUGCCAGUGAGGUGGACGGAAAGCUGCAAGGCAGAGGACUUGACUACCUUAUCAACAAUGCCGGUGUGAUGGAUUACUCGCCGACUGGGAUUGAAGCAAUGUGA